AUGAACUGCUGUGACAGGACACACAAAAUACUGAGUGUUACAGUGAGUCCUGUCCUCUUAGAGAAGUACAGCGAGCUCUACUGCCUGUCCUUUAACCCCAACGUGAACAAAGAGGAGAGAGAGGAGUCGUGGAGCUUCAUCGACCUCGUCGCCGACUACAAGAGGAUGGGAGUUCCUAACAACCUGUGGGUUGCUACGGCAGCCAACAGCGAAUACAGGGUGUGUGAUACCUACCCCUCAGAGCUGUUUGUUCCAAAGUCGGCCACGCCCGCCAUCGUUGUCGGCAGCUCGAGGUUCAGAAGUCGAGGACGAUUUCCUGCUUUGUCGUACUUCCACCAGGACACGCUGGCAGCCGUGUGCCGGUGCAGUCAGCCGCUGUCAGGAGGAUGAGAUGAUGCUACAGGCGGUGAUGAAGUCCAACCCUGGCAGUGACUACAUCUAUGUGGUGGAUACCAGGCCCAAGCUGAACGCGAUGGCAAAUCGAGCAGCGGGUAAAGGCUAUGAGAACGAGGACCACUACACCAACAUCAAGCUGCAGUUCAUUGGCAUUGAAAACAUUCAUGUGAUGAGGAGCAGCCAGCAGAAGAUCAUCACCUGGGUCAUCUGUCUCGUCUCUGACAGAGAUCCUUAAAAACAGGAUUAAAAACUCUUCAUUUUACCUUCAAAUCAGCUUCAUGUGGAUGUUUUCAUUUUCAUUGAUUAUUCUCUUUUUAACACUCACACUGCUGCUCAGUGUACAGCAGAGACGUUUUAGUUUCCUACUUAUGAGACUGUGCUUGUGCAACUGCAGAGGGGGAAGCUGUGAUCCAGAUUCAGCCUGUAUCCACUGUUUGGUUUGUCCUUCAGUCUGUGAAGAGUGUCGGGUUCAUGGGCCCUCGCUGUUCGUCCGGGAUGCUCCGGUGGGCCUCGGGGAGAAGUCAAAUCAGCCACGCCUG